GGAAAGCAGCCCAGCGCUCUCUCUCUCUCUCUGUUUAUCGUGUGGUCACUCGCUCGCAACUGGGUAACAGCGUAGCCCCGAAGCCUCGAGCCCCAGUCAGGAUGGAAAUCCCCAUUCAGCACCCCUGGUUCCGCCGCCCGCUCCUCCCCUCCUUCUGCCCCGCCCGCAUCUUCAAUCAGUACUUCGGGGAGGUGGUGCCGGAAGACGACGUCUCAGACUCUGUCUACUUCCCCCGCAUACCCCUGCUCAGCCUGGGAAGCUGGAUGGACAGUGGGCUUUCAGAGAUGAAGCUUGACAAGGACCGAUUCGUCAUCAACCUGGAUGUGAAGCACUUUUCCCCGGAGGAGCUGAAAGUCAAGGUCAAUGGCGAGUUUAUUGAGAUUCGCGGCAAACACGAAGACCGGCAGGACGAACAUGGGUUUAUUGCUCGGGAGUUUGUCAGGAAGUACAAGCCGCCCGUAGGGCUGGAUCCAGGCUCCAUAACUUCCUCUUUGUCCUCAACCGGCGUGUUGACAGUGUCUGCCCCUCGCAAAAAAGUGGAGGUCAUGGAACGCUCCAUCCCCAUCACCCAUGAGAGGAAGUAGAACCACCAGCUGUCUGCCCUCCUGCCGUGCCCCUGUCUUUCACUCUGCUGAGCUCCUCCUCAUUGAGCAUUACAAGCCCCACCCCUGACUCUCCAUUGGAGAAUGCAAGCCCCACCCCUGACUCUGGGAAAUCAAGUGCAAUCCUCCAAGCUUCUGCCCUGACUGGUAUGGGGUUAAAGCAUGAAUGACAGAGAAACACACUGGUUUGUUGCAGUUCUAUGACUAGCUUCUCCUCAGAGAGCAAAAUGCAUCACAAAUCUGCUGGUGAAUUGGAGACGUGCACUGCAACCAAACUAUAUAGUGAGGUUUUCUUACACAAAGUAAAUAAAAUAUUAUUUUGAAGGAGUAAUUUAUUUCUAAGAAAGAUGAGAGAAACAGAAAAAUAACACAUUGGAUGUCAUUUUCAUUUUCAAAAAGUGUUGAAUCAAAAAACUGCAAAAUAUUAUUAUUUUAUUUUUAUUUAUCUGACUAGUAUUACAGAAUGAAAUGUAUGGGCAAGGGCUUGCGGUAAUGACUGAAAAAAGCCACCCUGUUUCAAUAUUAUGCUUUCUGUUAUAUUUGUUGCUGACAAUCCAUAGCCUUAUACAUUGCAAUAACAUGAGCUGUAUAAUAACAAUGGCAGUAAUAAACCUGAUGUAACAAACAAAUGA